AUGAGCAUCUUCGGCCCGCCCCCAGUUCCCAAGAGCCCACUCAACCGCUACCGGCUAUUAUCGCCAACAGCUUCCGUGAGAGUCAGCCCUCUCUGCUUGGGCGCCAUGAACUUUGGCUCAGCAUGGAAGGACUUCAUGGGAGAGUGCGACAAGGCGGCUUCAGAGUCCAUUUUGGAUUUUUUCUAUGAACAGACAGGCAACUUCAUUGAUACGUCAAACAAUUAUCAGUACGAGGAGUCUGAGACAAUCAUUGGCGACUGGAUGAAGAAGCGUGGAAACCGUCAUGAGAUGGUCAUCGCUACCAAGUUCACCACCUGUUAUAAACUGGGGCCCAACCGCCCCCAUAUCGCUGCCAACUACACCGGAAAUGGAACCAAAAGUCUCAACGCAUCUGUUGAAGCCAGUUUGAAGAAGCUGCAAACCGACUACAUCGACUUGCUAUACGUGCACUGGUGGGACUAUGCCACUUCUAUCCCCGAGUUGAUGCAAUCUUUGAACAGCCUCGUUGUGGCUGGAAAAGUCUUGUAUCUAGGAAUCAGCGAUGCCCCCGCCUGGGUAGUGAGCAAGGCAAAUGAGUACGCCCGAAACCACGGCUUCCGUCAGUUUUCCGUUUACCAAGGACGUUGGUCCGCAGCUUCUCGUGAUUUUGAGCGCGACAUCAUUCCCAUGUGCAGAGACGAGGGAAUGGCUCUCGCCCCCUGGGGAGCGCUGGGUGGGGGCAAGUUCAAGACCGAGGAGCAGCGUAAAGCAGACGUGGGACGCAAGGUCGAGGCCAGCGAGAUUGAUAUUGAAGUCAGCAAGGUGCUUGAGAAGAUUGCUGCUCGUAAAAACACGGUGAUUACGAGCGUUGCACUGGCCUAUGUUGUUCAAAAGACCCCCUACGUAUUCCCCAUUAUUGGUGGAAGGACAGUGGAUCAUCUCAAGAAUAACAUUGAGGCUCUCACACUGCAGCUUACAGAGGAGGACAUUGAAGAAAUCGAGGGCGCAUAUCCCUUUGAUCUCGGGUUCCCCAACAACAUGCUCUGGGGCAAGAAAUUCAACGGAUCUCAGCAGAAGAUCUGGCUGCUCGAAUCUGCCGCUCACUUUGAAUAUGUCCCUGAGCCCAAGCCCAUUACGCCGUCCAAGGUUGGAGAGUAGAGCGUCCGCUUCAAGACGUCGUGCUGGAAAUGGCUGCCAGGGCGCCAGAACCAUCAAUAUGGUCAUCAUGAACAUGCAAUGAACCAGCAAUAUGGUCAUCAUGAACAUGGGAUGCAUGCGGGUCCUGGCUGGUGAGCUUCAAAAGAGAAAUGAGCUGCAAAAGAAGAAAAUCAAGAGAAAAUCUGAGGAGCUUAGUUGCUGUAGCUGCUAUUGGUAAGAGAGAGGGAGCUGAGAAACGCAACCCUAGGUACCCUGAGUAUCAUUUUUAAGCGCAUCCAAGUUAGGAAGAAUCUUAGGAUAUGAAUUCAUUGCUUCAUUUUGCUGCUUCAAAUUCUGGUAGCAUACAUCAAAGAUACCUUAG